GGGUCCCGGGCCGGGCCGGGCCGCGCCGCCCCCGGGCGGGGCCGGGAUCGGGUUUCACAUCCUGCCCCGCUCGCUGGCACAGCGGCCAUGGCGGAGAGCUCGGACUGGGUGGAGAUCAUCGAGCCCCGCUCCCAGGAGCGGAUGUACGUCAACCUGACCACGGGGGAGUGCGGCUGGGAGCCCCCCCCCAACCUGAAGGUGCGCCAGUCGGACCAGAAGCAGUGGUGGGAGCUCUUCGACCAGAACAACAACCGCUUCUACUACUACAAUGCCAUCACGCGGCAGACCGUGUGGCACCGGCCCCAGGGCUGCGACAUCGUGCCCUUGGCGCAGCUCCAGGCCAUGAAGCGCAGCUCCCAGCCCGACUCCCGACGGCAGCACCGCGGCAGCACCGGCAGCGACGGCCGCGGCACCCCCGUGCACAUGGCCCUCCUGCAGGACACGGAGAAGGGCAAGUGGGACUGUGCGGGGGAGAAGAGGAAAGACCCUUCUGGCAGGGAGACUCCUACCCAGUGGCAGCCUCUGCCAGGCACGAAAGCAGCCAUGUUGGUGAAGGUGAACAGUUUGAGGCAGAUACAGAGCUUUUCAAACAGUUCACUUCAGCUGCAGAGCACUCCAGAACCCAGCAGCCCAAAAUCUCUUCCAAAACCAGCUAUAUAUGCCCAGCCUCAGUCCACGUCCCAGAGCCCUGGAGCGGCAAAGCAGACAGGAGACACAAAGCAGUCUAUGCAGAUCAAAAAGACGGAGAAUGGGGGGUUUUGCCUGGUGCUGAUGAAUGGCCCAACUUCUCAAACACCUCCCAGGAGCCGGACAGGAACCCCCCAGCCUGCAUCCCCCAAAUAUGCCUCCCCUGCCCCCAUAUACGAUGAGCCAUCUCUAGAGUCGCCAAUUUAUGAUGAGCCCCCAGUGGACAUGGACACAGAGAGCGUUGCUGUGAGUGGCACGUCUCCACCCAGGUCACCAAGCAAUAGCUUAAAAAAGCAGCUGCAGCCAACCAAGUUAUUGCAGCAUCCCAGUAUGCAACAGCAACAAGCUACAAAGAAGCACGCAAGAAAUCCCUCUUCCACCGAAUACAGCCCGGCUGGCAGGGAAUACAUAAAACAUAUGGUCAAUGUUGACCAAUCUGCCAAACUCUCCCACUCUGCUGCUGCAACAGCCGAUGCCUCCACUAAACUGCCUGGUCAGCUUGCUUCAAAGGACAGCUUCAAGCAGUCUUGGAGGAUCCUGGAAGCCAACGUCCUCAAGAACAUGGAGCUCCACCACAGUCGUCAGAACAGCCUGCAGACUCAGGAGUACCCAACCGGCAUAAGCCACCAGGAUUCUGGUUAUUCCACUGGCCCUUCUCCAAGCUUGAGGAAAAGGAAAGGAAGGAGGCAAGGAACAGGUCAGGUAAGACCCGGCUCGGUGGGCAGCAGCAGCGAGCUGACAGCCCUGAACGAUAAAGUGAUCGCCGAGAUGCGCGCGGUGGUGGGCAGGUCAGCAGCCUGCAGGGGAAGCAAAGCCAGCCUGGACGCCGAGAGCCUGGAGAGCGGCGUCCCAGCAGAGAGCAGCAAGGUCAGGUUUCAGUCGGACCACUUGAAAAAAUGCGUCAGCCGGAGCUCCAGGGACGACGUCUCAGCCAGCAACAGGUCUCUGUACAGGCAGGGCCUGGAGAUGAGGGAAGGCUUUCCCGGCGACGCCGCCGCCGCCGCUCCGCAGGACGCGGCGAGGCAGAAGAGGACUUUUGAGAAAAUAGAUUCCUUGGAGAAGAACGCGACCGGCCAGACGAGCUCGGCCUCGUCGGAUGCCGCCCGCCACUCCUCGCAGCCUGGCACCAUCGAGCUGGAGCCCAAGCAGGAGGGCAGCGGGCAGCGCGGCGGCUGCGUGGGAUGCCAUUUCCCCUACAACACGCUCCGGAAGCCCAUCUCCCAGAGCAGCAUGGCAGACUGGGCCUCCAAAAACCUCAACAUGCACACGCAGGGCAUCUUCCGCCGCAGGAUCUCCAUCUCCAACAUGCUGUCCUGGAACGGCGGCUCCAUCAAAAAGCCCAUGCUCAUCACCAGCAACCGCGCCAUCAAGAAGGAGGCGUGCGAGAUGUUCAAGCUGGUGCAGAGCUACAUGGGGGACCGCCAGAGCCGCCUGGACCGCAACCACGUGGCGCUGGUGACGGUCACCAAGUGCUGGAGCGUGCAGGGGCUGCGGGAUGAGCUCUACAUACAACUGAUCCGGCAGACGACGGACAACAUGUGCUACCGGAGCCUGGCCUGGGGCUGGGAACUGAUGGCCAUCAGCCUGGCCUUUUUCUCCCCAUCACCCAAGUUUCAGUCUUACCUGGAAGGUUACAUUUACCGCCACCUUGACAGCGACGAAAAGAUUGCCCAGCACAUCAAGGAGCUUGUGGAUCUGAAAAACAAGAAGAACUCGAAAUCCAGGAAAAAGAGGAAACAAAACACUGAGGAUGAAGGUCUGCCCAUUAGCACCUACGCCAAGUACUGCUACCGCAAACUCCAGAAAGUGGCCGUCACUGGAGGCAAAAAGGGCCUCCGCAAGCCCACGGUGGAGGAGAUCACGCACGCCAGGAACGCCAUCCUCACGCCGUCGCUCUUCGGCAGCUCCCUGCAGGAGAUCAUGCUGCGCCAGCAGGACAUGUUCCCAGGCAACAAACUGCCCUGGGUGCAGACACAGCUGUCACAGCAGGUCCUGGCCCUGGGAGGGGAACAGACAGAGGGGAUUUUCAGGAUACCUGGUGACAUAGAUGAAGUCAAUGCACUGAAACUGCAGGUGGAUCAGUGGAGGAUCCCGAGCAAUCUGAGUGACCCCAACAUCCCAGCCUCUCUCCUCAAGCUCUGGUAUCGGGAGCUGGAGGAGCCAGUGAUUCCCCAGCAGUUCUACAAAGAGUGUAUCAGCAACUACGAGAACCCCGACGCCGCUGUGGCCGUGGUGCAGCUUUUGCCAGAGCUCAACAGGCUGGUGCUGUGUUACCUCAUCCACUUCCUGCAGAUCUUUGCUCAGCCAUCAAACGUGGGCAGAACAAAAAUGGAUGUGAAUAACCUGGCCAUGGUGAUGGCCCCCAACUGCCUGCGCUGCCAGUCCGACGACCCGCGCGUCAUCUUCGAGAACACGCGCAAGGAAAUGUCCUUCCUGCGCAUGCUCAUCGUGCACCUGGACACGAGCUUCGUCCACGGGCUGGUCUGAGCCCGGCCCCGGCUCCACA